AAUGCCGAAUAUUCCUUUUAGAUUUCAGGUUUUUACUUCAUGCCACCCACUCGACGGUAAUGAAGAGCAUACAGCAGAACAGAUCUCAUGAUGAGUGUGAUGAGUAAAGAAAAUUGUGCGAGCGUAAAUAUUUAAAUGGGGAUAUUCAACAAAAUAUUUGAGUGAGAAAAACCGGCCUAAAAAUCUGUGGGUAAUGAGAACAUUUUGUAACAAGAUUUGUAUGCGAUGCUACGUGUAGUAGCAUAAUUCGUGAGAAUGUCUGUAUGUAUGUAUGUACGCAUGUAGUUAGAUAUCUGUAUUUGUUAGUUUGACAUGUUGGUUGUUUUUUGCAUAUGGAAAAUUUGCAGGAAAAUCGCUUGUAUUAGCUGAAUUCGCCAGUGCUCAUGGCAGUGUGAUAUUCUCCGCAGUGCGCAGCUGUUCGGGUAUUUCGAUUUGAAAAAUUGCGGAAAUUCGAUUAGUGAAAAUUGGAGUGCGCGCUGUUGACGAUCACAAUCCUGAUGUGCAUAGCGUUGACAGAGUCAGCAUUAGGGCUGCUGUCACAUAAGGAAGACAUGUUGAAAAUAUGAAAUCUCAAAGGUUAACUGAGCGAGCCUAAAAUAAAUAGACAUAAACAUAAACAUAAAUAUAAAUAUAAAUAUAAAUAAUUAUUAAAUUAACACAACAGGUGUGUUGUUUAUGCGCUGAAUGCCAUAGACUGAAUCUGACUAAGCAAAUACUAAAUGAAUUUGUUGGGGACGCACAUACACUCGCGCAUAUAAGCACAAAACACAUAUACUGUUAUGUGCACACACCUGUCAGAAUAAAUACAUUUGAUGAGUAGAAUCAACGCACAGCUGAAAUUUGUUUAUUACCAUUGCCUCGCUUCCUCGCGAAUCACUCAUACGCCCCAACAUACCUCGUCACAAUGUCUGAAUUGUUUGUGGAUAUGCACCAGCGGCGUACUAGUGCACCGUGGACGCUAGCAGCAAAACAACAAAAUAAUAUACAAUCCUAUAAAAACAACAGUAGCAGCAAUUGUAACGGUAUAGAAAGCGCUCGUAUGCCAGAUACGCGUUGCUCAUCAGAAAAAUCAACAACGACUGCCAGUACAAUGACUAAAGAUGCUUACUCUGCUGCAGAUGUCGACGAUGAGCUUGCUAAUGUGCUGAGCUUGCAGCUGCGUAAACCGAAGAAUUGGCGCUGGGAGCUAAGCACUUCGCGCUCUUGCUCGAAUAUUGCACUGCCGCGCAUACUGCUGUACGAUCACAAGGGCACAUUGUUGCUGGAUGCAGACAAUCAGGUGGAACAAUGUUAUAGCCAGCCGAAGGCAGCAGCACGACAGCGCUCAACUGAAAAAGUGACUAAUUCAGAAAAGCAACGUACACAUAAGCCGCUAAACAAAGCUGUCACCUCUAACCUGACACAGUCGAUAAAACAAGCUUUGAAUCGACAAUUUAGUGGUUUACAAAUACAAGAGGCCACACCCUCGCCUGUGCCUUCAUGCAACCAUAGCACCGUACACACACCAUCCACAGAACAUACCUCCACGCUAUCCUCCGCCAUCGACUUCUACACCAAUGACUUGCCCGAUUGUCGAAUAGAGCGACGUGCCAAUUCCUUGAAGGGCGUACGUUUCAAAGUUCACGACGAUGUUUCGGUUGCCAAGGGUAUACCCAACUCUUUUAAUAUCAAUAGUUUGCCUACGCCACCAUCUACAACAACCAAUACGCCAAGUAAUUCCUCAUCAUCUGGGCCACGUGAGAAGCGUCGUUAUCGCCGUUCACAAAGUUCCGGUCGUUCGCCUGCAACCUCUGAAUCGAUACUAGAACGUUUUAGUUUCAAUAAGGGCCGCUUUUCGUCGCCUGAAUAUGCUGAGGAACAUGAAGUAUAUCAUGCACCACGUUAUUUUUUACGCACAUGCAGGGCCGGUACAUUGUUGUUGCAAGAAGAGAGCUUCAGCCGCUAUCGUCGCCGGCGGCGGGCGCGUAACUCAUCCACGGAGAAUAUAUUGAGCGGUGCAGGUAGCGGCUCAAAGAGCUCGUUGAAAAUGUCGGACAAUGGUGGUGGUGCUCAGCGUAAACUUAAUGCAAAAGCAACAGCGAAUGGUGUGUCGGAGGGGCAGUCGUUUGGCAGUGCGUCGAAUGAAAUACAAGUGGCACGUAGGAAAGUGAUACCAGUGCGUCGCUUCCGCAGUGAUGGCAAUGUCUUACUACACGAACAGCUAACGAGCUCGGACGAUCAUGAUGAAAGUCGGCACACAGCGAGAGAUACUGAGAGAGUGCAGCGGCCAAAACGCAAAUAUAGCGGUAAUAGAAAGCAGAGCAGAAGAGCGUUGAUUACCAUUGAUCCGGAAAAUGGAGUCCAACCUGCCGGUGAUACCUCGGAGUGAAGGUGAUGGCCGCUCUUAGCGCAAGGGCCGUUGAGUUCGUCUACCUCAAGAUUUUGUAUACAUAUAUAUGUAUAUACAUAAAUACUUAUAUUAGAAGUGAUGUUAUAAAAUUUUAUAUAAUUAUAAACAAGUAAGAUUUUAUGAGUUCAAGAAUUCAUUUAUUAUUGAUUUAAGUAAACGAAAAUAAAGAAUUGUUAUGUAAACACGAGUAAAUAUUCAGCUUUAAAUGUAAAUUGUGAUUGCUUUUA